AUGAAUACCCCCUCUUCCCACUCUUCCGACAUGAUGGGUCAACUCAGAAAUAAGUUGGCCUACUUUGGGAAUGAUUUCCCGAGUGAUAACUUGGCUGAUCUGUUCCGUCGAUUGCACCGAUGGUCCAAAGACAAGAAGUUCCAUUUCCUUGCACUGUUCCUCGAUGAAUCGAUAGCGGUAGUUCGGGAAGAGCUGGCCAAACUAUCGAAGCCUAUUCCAGAGAAGCUGAUCUCCAUUCAGAACAUUGUGGGUUUGCAUGAAGCCUUUGAGGCUGUUCGAACCGAGUCCAUCGGAGAAGCUAUUGCAAGCUCGUUGCUCUGCAUACUCCAAAUAGGGGCACUCAUUGGUGAGACCACCUUGACCGGGUUGAGCAUCGGCUUGCUGUCUGCGGCUGCCGUUUCCGUUUCCACUUCUAUUUCUGAUCUAACAUACUAUGGAGUUGAGAGCGUGCGAGUUGCAUUCCGCAUGGGAGUCCAUGUGGAACAUGUUUCCCAGUCUCUUGAAGCCCGUGAACCCGACGGUCCUCCAGAAAGUUGGGCCUACGUGGUUGCGGGUGUUACCUCGGAUGUUAUACAGGGGGAACUUGAUCGAUUUAACCAGGAAACUUCUAAUCCUGAACUCACGAAGGUGUUUAUCAGUGCCGCAGACGCCAACUCGGUUAGUGUGACAGGGCCUCCCUCUCGCCUGCUCGGUGCUUUUCACCACUCCCCUGUCUUGCGUUACUCGAAACACUUGGCCUUGCCGGUUUAUACUGGACUGUGUCAUGCUGCCCAUCUCUAUACCAACGAAGAUGCUGCUGCUGUCGUGUCUAUCCCGAAAGCGAAACACUCUCGGUCGGUCCGCGUCACGAUAUUGUCAGCGAAGACAGGCGAUUCUUACAUUUCCGCGCACUUUGAACAGCUUUUACACGAGAUAGUGCUUGAGAUUCUGACAGGAGGCAUCUUCCUCGACAACCUGACCAACGGGGUUCUGCGCGACCUCACUGGAUCUCCAGAGAUUGAGCUUACUGUCUUGCGAACCUCCCUAAUUGCAGAAGGAAUCGUGUCAACGAUCAGCUCAAACUUCCCGGAUACCAUUUUGAAAAAGCAGGAUCUGAUCGAAUGGUGUGUUGCCGAAGAGCCCGACUUCUUCCCUACAUCUCCUCGUUCUCCGCACCAAUCAAAGCUGGCCAUCGUGGGCAUGGCAUGUCGACUUCCCGGUGGUGCCAAUGACCUGGAGCUAUAUUGGGAUUUGGUCAAGGAAGGGCGAGACGUACAUACUCGAGUUCCCGCUGAUCGAUUUGACGUGGAUGCACACUAUGACCCAACGGGAGAAAUCCCGAACACUACCCAAACCCAAUUUGGAAACUUCAUUGAUGCUCCGGGUAUGUUUGAUGCCAGUUUCUUCAAUAUGUCGCCACGAGAGGCCGAGCAAACCGAUCCGACGCACCGCCUGGCAUUAGUGACAGCCUACGAGGCCUUGGAAAUGGCUGGAUACGCACCAAACCGCACACCAUCUACUGCUCUCGGCCGAGUCGGUACAUAUUAUGGCCAAGCUGGCGAUGACUGGCGAGAAGUUAAUGCCAGUAUGAACAUUGGGACUUACGCUGUUCCUGGAGGUGAGCGAGGCUUUGCCAAUGGCAGAAUCAACUACUUCUUCAAGUUUGGUGGUCCCAGCUUCAACGUUGAUACUGCAUGCUCCAGUGGACUGGCCGCCGUCAAUGCAGCCUGCAGUGCUCUUUGGGCCGGAGAAGUUGAUACUGCGAUCGCUGGGGGGUUGAACGUGAUCACCAACCCCGACAACUUUGCCAUGCUUUGCAAAGGUCACUUCCUGUCUAAGACUGGUCAAUGCAAGGUCUGGGACAAGGAUGCAGAUGGAUACUGCCGAGCGGAUGGGAUCGGAUCAAUUAUCAUCAAGCGAUUGGAGGAUGCUGUGGCGGACAACGACAAUAUUCUCGCUACAGUUGAUUCCGCGUUCACGAACCAAUCCGCCGAAGCUCUCUCCAUUACUCAGCCUCAUGCUGGUGCCCAGAGAGACAACUACCGACAGGUAAUGAAUGCUGCUGGAAUAAGCCCUACGAGUAUGAGCUAUGUCGAGCUUCACGGCACUGGUACCCAGGUGGGCGAUGCCAUCGAAUCUGAAUCCGUGAUUGACGUCUUUGCCAACCCUAAGAUGCGCCGGUCAACCACAUUGCUCAUGGGUUCCGUCAAAUCCAACAUUGGACACGGCGAAGCAGCCGCAGGAAUUGCUUCUCUUCUCAAGGUUCUGCUCAUGUACCAGAAGAACAUGAUACCUCCACACGUGGGAAUCAAGACUGAGAUGAAUCCCGUCGUGGCCAAGAAAAUGGAGCGAUGCAAGGCUGCACUGGUAUUGGAGAUGACGCCGUGGCCUCGUGUGUCUGAAAAGAAACGCUUCGCUUUGGUCAACAGCUUUGGAGCACAUGGCGGCAACACUACAAUGCUUCUCGAAGAUGCACCCGAGCAUACCAGGGUCGGAAUUGAUCCCCGCGUAUCACACGUUGUGGCUCUAUCGGCUAAAAGCAAAGCUUCUUUGAAGAUGAACAUUGAGGCAUUGGUUGCAUACUUGACGGAGAAUCCCGACACUGAUCUUGGAGACUUGGCGUACUCGACUUGCGCGCGCCGCAUGCAUCAUUCAACUCGCGCUGCAUUUGAUGCCUCCGACGUUGAACAAGCUAAGAAGGCAAUGGAAAGCUAUUUAGCUGCAGACACAGUCAGCACUCUUCGUCCUGUCUCAGAUGCUUCAUGUUCUAUUCCAUUCACUUUCACCGGUCAAGGAUCAUUUUAUUCAAGUGUGGGCAAGCAAUUAUAUGACGAGUAUCCGGCUUAUCGCACAGCUAUCGGAGAGUUGAACCGCCUCGUGCAGCUACUAGGAUUCCCGUCUGUGAUGACAUAUAUCGAUGGUACUCUCCUUGAAGAUGAGGGCGUUUCCCCUCAAGUUGCCCAGCUUACAAUUGUGGUUACCGAGAUCGCAUUGGUAAGACUCUGGGCGUCUCUGGGAAUUUCACCCAGUGCUGUCAUUGGCCACAGUCUUGGUGAAUAUGCGGCUUUCGUGGCAGCAGAUGUCCUAUCAGCUGUUGAUGCCAUAUUUUUGGUCGGAAAACGAGCCGAGCUGCUUCUCUCCACUGCUACCAUCGGCAGCCACGUUAUGCUGGCUGUUCGCUCUGGCGUAGAGCAAAUCAAGAGCUUGGCACCUGCCGAUGUCUCUUUCGAAUUUAGCUGCAUGAAUUCUGCAGAGAACACUAUCAUUGGGGGUCCUGCGAAGAACGUGCAGGCUGUUCGCGAAGCUUUGGAGAAAGGAGGAAUCAAGUGUACUCCCUUGGGUUCUCCAUUUGCCUUCCACACGAGCCAAAUGGAUACCAUUUUGGAGCCUUAUGAGCUCCUGGCACAGCAAGUGACUUUCCGCACUCCUAGUGUCCCCAUCCUAUCUCCACUAUUGGCGGAUUGUGUGUUUGAUGGCAAGACUAUCAAUGCCAAAUACCUCUGCCGCGCAUCAAGAGAGCCUGUUCAAUUUAUGGAGGCUCUCAAUGCCGGAGUGGAGUUAGGUGUUAUUGGAGAAGAUUCCACUUUCAUAGAAAUUGGCCCGCACUCCGUGAACGGAUCUUUCAUCAAGGCCACAAUGACCAAGUCAAAGACCCUGGCAUCGUUGCGCAAGAAUGAGAACAACUUCACCACACUGGCAACAGCCUUGGCUACACUGCAUGCUGAGGGACUCCCGGUUGACUGGAACGCUUAUUUCCGGCCUUAUGAAAAGGCACACCGUCUGCUGUCGCUCCCAAAGUACUGCUGGAAUGAAAAGAACUACUGGAUUCAGUAUGUUGGCACGUGGACACUAGACAAGGCUUAUCCUCAAGGCAGUCGCAACCCUGCUAUUUCUUCAACUCAAGGCUCUGCAUUGCGCACUUCCUCUAUUCAUCGCAUCUUAUCUGAGAAUGUUGUUGAACACACGGCAGCACUUACGGCAAUGACGGAUAUCAUGGACCCUGACUUCCGUGCCGCAGUUGAUGGUCACAAUAUGAACGGAUAUGGAGUUGCGACUUCGUCCCUGUGGGGUGAUAUGGCUCUCACCGUCGGCGAAUAUCUCUAUAAACGUCUCGUACCCAAGGCCAAAGAAGUCCACAUGGAUGUCGCCAAUAUGGAAGUUCUCCAUGCCCAGGUGGCGCACACAGACAAGAGCCGCGCGCAACUGCUGCAAGUUGAGGCAAAGCUAGACCUGGAUUCCAAACAGAUGAUAAUCCAAUGGUUUAAUGUUUCCACCGAUGGUGAGCGUGCAGCAGAAGCAUACGCCUCUGGAACAGUCUACUUCUCCGACUCCGUCGAGUGGUGCAAAGAAUGGGACCGUGUGACCCAUCUGGUAAACAGCCGAAUCGAGUCACUCAAUCAGAUGGCUCUCGAAGGCACGGCUAACCGUCUGUCGCGCAACAUGGCCUACAAUUUGUUCAAGAACGUCGUCGACUACAAUGAUCACUACCGAGGAAUGCAGUCUGUGGUCCUCGAUGGCAUGGAGGCGUACGCGGACAUUAUCCUCAAUCCCGAUCGUCACGGUAUCUGGCAUACACCUCCCCACUGGAUCGACAGUAUCUUCCACCUUGGCGGGUUCGUGCUCAACGGUAGUGACGCUUCCAACACCAAGGACUACUUCUAUGUGACUCCUGGCUGGGGAAGCAGUCGUAUCGCGAAGCCUCUCGUUGCAGGGGGGCGUUAUCGCAGCUACGUGCGCAUGGCACCGACUGAGGAGCAGAACAUGUACGCGGGCGACGUUUACGUGCUCCAGGACGAUGUGAUCGUUGCCAUGCUCACCGAGAUGAAAUUCCGUCGGGUGCCACGCAUCCUAAUGAACCAAUUCUUCUCUCCUUCUGAUGCCACGUCAUCCAAAACAGCCGUUCCUACCUCUGUCGUGGCACAAAAGGCUCCUGCACCAGCUUCCCAGCCCAAGGCAGCAGUGGCACCUGCCGUCUUUACCGUGGAGCCAGUCCCAGCUCUCAAGGCCCGGGAUCCAAAUGUGCCGGCACCAAAGAAGGAAGUUGCGCCAACUACAUCUGACAGCCCUCUUGUGACUGAUUGCCUGAAGAUCCUGGCACGGGAGUCGGGCUUAGACAUGAGCGAACUUGUUGACAGCGCGACAUUUGUCGAGCUUGGAGUUGAUUCACUUAUGUCGCUUGUCUUGUCGGAGAAGUUCAAGACCGAGCUUGGUAUCGAGGUCAAGAGCUCUGUGUUUAUCGAAUGCCCGAAUAUUGGGGAGUUGAAGGGUUGGUUGGAUCAAUAA